AUGGCUGCCUUAAGUACAGAAGAACAAGAGGCGCCUACGGAAUUUGAAUUAUCAUCAUCGUUUGACAGUUCAUCUGGUCUUAAAAUUGCCGUAGAACGAUGUCCAGUGUGUGAUUACAGCAAGCGACCCUUUUAUUGUAAACUGUGUGUCAACCAGGGUCUAUUCGUACACUCGAAAGGGACCUACCCAGAAAGGUUUACAGAUAAAAGUCAUAAGUUAGAAAUUCUUUCAAAAGAGAGAGAUUCGGUGCUUGAGCAAGUGAGAAAGUCAGUAUACAAGAAACAUGCCAUUGAUAAAAAGAAACAAGAUAUCCAAGAAUGUAAGAGGAAAAUUGCAUUGCUGAAACUAACACUGGCUGCUUCAAAGGAGAUGAAAUCAACAGAAAGGCAAGAGUUAGAUGUGAUGAGUCGAGAGAACUAUGCCAGGCGUGUGAAAGGUCGCAAUCACAUGGAGAAGAAGCAGAGAAUAAAGGAUUACAUCAAGCUCAUAAGGUCAUCAAAUGGCGUGAAAUUAAGCUCGCUGGGAGAUGUCCUGGAGAAUCUAUCAAAAGAGAGAAGGAAACAUGUGGCUGAUCUGACUCAUUACAUAUUUCCAGUAUUGGAAGUCAAGCGUGACAGUGUGGUAGAAGAGAGUGCAAACUCGGCCAGUACAGAAAAAGCCCUACGAGAUGCUAGCCACACAACAUAUAUCAGAGGUCAAUGGGUGUACACAGAUGGCAAUGAUGGUGACUUCCGCAUUGUAGAACCUACACUGCCAUCUAGUGGUGACUAUUCACCAUAUAAUAUAUGGGUGGCUACAACUCGUGAGAACAAUGGUGACCCUGACAAUAGUUUACGCAAUCCUGGUCACAGAAUCAGUGCAGCACUGUGUUAUGCCAGUCAGUUGGUGUCCAUUCUAUCAUCUCUGUUAGAUGUACCUUUAGUUCACAGACAGAAUUACAGUGUAUUCUGUGGUGCUGAGCUCACUGAGAAGAACUUUCGGAACUCUGUUGCUUGCCUCAACCAGAAUUUACUGUACAUCUGCUUCUCCCAGGGUCUAGCUGAAUGUCCCCUUAUUGAUCCCAGAAACACAUUAGGGAAUAUCUGCCUCCUCGUGAGACACACAAGUCUAGGAAGAGUGCAAUCCUUUAUUGUGAAUCAGGAACUGCUCCAGUCUGUAGGGGAGAUAACUGUAUCAACAGACGAGGAACGAGAAGAAGAUGAUUGUCAGGCUGAACUCUUCACACGAGAAGGUGAGAUUGGUCUGCCACCAGACUGGGAGGAAGUACCUCAUGACAUAGACGAAAGUGAGAUUGGGAAUCGUGCAGUGUUUAGUUCCACUUUACAAUCUACUUCUUAUGCGCCUCCUACGUCAGAUCCUGCUCAUCUCACUGCCAGUGCAUUUGUCACAUCAGCUGCAGCGUCACUAGUAUCCUUUUUUAGAGGACCUGCACCUUCUGACAAAAGAUGACAUCAUUGUCUUUUAGUUAGUUUCAUUCUGUGUUAUGAAAUGAGACCAAUUAUUCUAAUUUAGCCAUUUGGCAGAUACCAUGUUCUUGCAUUUGUAUGUUGUAUGACUUUUAAAAUUGACUUUUUUUAUAUUCUCUUGGAAUUAAAUGAAGCACUUUCUAUAUUC